UUACAUUUUCGGAGAUAGCAAUAGAGAGAGCGAGAGACAGGCAUUCCAGUCUUUCGAACCCCAGACGCAUUGCGACGCCGACUUCUCCUGUCCGGGCAGGGUCUACUCGACGACACCAAUCCUGAACCAUGAACAACGUCAACGUAAACAUGGCCAACAUCGGCCCCAUGGGUGGCCCUGUCGGUGCUCCGAUGCCCAUGAUGGCUGCCGCCGCAGGAGUUCCCCCUCAAGGUGCUCCGAGGCAACAACAACAACAGCAACAGCAGCAGCAGCAGCAGCAGCAGCAGCAGCAGCAGCAACAGCAACAGCAGCAGCAGCAACAGCAACUUCAAGCCGAUAAUAAUAGCCGCACUUUACUGAACACAUAUAUCUACGAGUAUUUCGUCCGCCACAAAAUGUGGGAACCUGCGCGCGCCAUCCUCAACUGCGACCCGCAUGUGAAGGUCCAGAAGGACAGUCCCUCGGCUCGCCGGGACGAGAAUGGCAAUCUGGUUGGAAAUGGCCUCGGCGACGAUCCCAUGGAUACAGAUUCGAAGGAUGACAUGGACCAGAAACGCCCGGACGAUCUCCCUGACCCUCAAGUACCCAUGCCGCUCCCCGACAGCAGCUUCCUCUUAGAUUGGUUUCGCCUGUUCUGGGAUAUGCUCAGUGCCCAGAAAGGCAAAGGUUCUAGCACCCAGGUCAACCAAUUUGUGAACCAUACACAGCAACAAUCACGCUUGCGCCAGGAACAUCAACAGCAGCUGCUCCGCCAGAUGCGACCUGAGUUAUCACAACAGAACUUCCACCUGAUGAGGAACAUGCAGAACGGCGGUAUGAAUAUGAACAUGGCCAUGAAGCCUGGCGGCAAUCAGCUGCCUAGGACGGCGAUGGCCAACAGCCAGAAUAAUCCUCAAAUGCAUAUGCUCCAGCAAAAGCCUGGCCAGAUGCAACGCGACCCUUCAGAUAUGGAUGGAAACCGUGCAAGGCCUGCCUCCCCUGGAUCGACCGAGAAUGCGCCUUCCCCCUCCAAGAGGCCCCGCUUGGAAGGCGGCCCGUUCAACCCCAAUCAAGCUGUCAUGAUGCCAAAUGGUAGACCCGCGGGUCAAGGAAUGCCCGGCCAGCAGGUAGGACAUGGCCCUAGUUCAGCACAGCAACUGCUUCUUCAGCAUGGAAUUAACCCCCAGUCGCUGAACCCCGUCCAACUACACGCUUUCUCCACUCAGACCCCAAACGUACAGGCCAAAACCAUUGCCACGUACGCUGCUAAUCUUCAGCAGCACCACGGAGCACAAAUGCCCAACAAGCCAAUCCCAAACGCCGCUGGCCCCCAACCUCAAGGCUCUCCCAUGAUUCCGCCAGGCGCUGACGGUAGCCUGACCGCCUACUACAACGCACCAGAUAUGCCUGGACCCCCGGGGAUGCGACCCGGACCUCCCGGAGGACCUGCUGCUGGUGGAAACAACCACGCGCUGCAAGACUACCAGAUGCAGUUAAUGCUCCUGGAGCAGCAGAACAAGAAGAGACUGAUGAUGGCUCGUCAAGAGCAAGACAUCCCCGGCGGCGGCACCGGUAUGCCCAGGGCUGACGGUCCUCCGGGGCCCGGAGGGCCAGGUGGUCCGAAUGCCCAGCCGUUCCAGGGCACAUCACCGCAAGGUGCCCGGAGCGGAACUUCACCAAACCCCGGCGACCAGAUGAAGCGGGGCAACCAGCAGCUCAAUAACGCUGCCAACAUGGGCUCCCCUGCUCCCGAAGGCGCCCAAUCGCGCGACUCCCCGAACCCCAUCAACUUCAUGGGUAACCAGAUGGACCCCUUGAAGGCUCCUCACUUCUUCAACGGCAUGAACGGCAUGGACGGGAAUAUGGUUGCGGCCGCCCAGAUGAAUGGUGGCAUGCGCCCUCCCGGUUCCCACCCUGGCCAACCAUUCAACGGGAACCAGAUGACUCCUCAGAUGAUGCAAGCCCGCCAGCAGCAACAGCAGCAACAGCAGCAGCAACAGCAGCAGCAGCAGCAGCAGCAGGCCGGCCAAGGAGGGCCCCCUAUGCAAUGGCAAGGCGGGCCGAAUGGCAACCAGAUGCCUCCACAGGGCCCGCAGCCACAGCAAGUCCAGGGCACGCCGCAACAGCGAUCCGCUGCUAUGCCCCCACCCUCGGCACCGCCAGCGAAUAAUCCCAACUCGAGGAACGCAACGUCGUCGCCUCAGGUCAGCAAUGCUGCCCCGCCAACGCCAUCGCAAGCGACGAAGCCGGCGCCGAAGAAGCAGGACAAGAAGAGCGCCAAGGCUAAGGCCGCUGCCCAAAAGAAGUCGAACGCGAACCUUAACAACUCCGGGGCAACCCCUGCUGCGGAACCUGCUCCGGAAGCAGAGCCGGCGGCGCCGGCGACGCCCAUCACCCCUGUACCCCCCGCCGGCUUCAACAAGGCCGGUCAGAACGCCGGCGCUGCCCCGAUGGUACCGAACGGCCAACCAGCGGCACCGGCGCAGCCUCCUGCUGCAGCCCCUGUUCCUGCUCAGUCGCACACAGACGCGUCGGCAGGCUUUGGUGGCAUUGGUGACACGGCAAUCGACUUUGGCAUUGGCAACAUGGAAUUUGCCAACCCCCUCAACUCGACUGACGUGCUCAAUGACUUCGAUUUCGACUCGUUCCUACGUGAUACCAGUGGCGACGACAACAACACAUUUGACUUCACUCACACUUUCGGCGAAAUCCCGGCGGAGUAGGGCUCCGUCGACGAUACCACCCCGUCGAUUUUUCAAGUGGACUAGUACCUCGAUGUCGGCAACUCAUCCUUCGAGAGAGCAUUCUUCAGGGCGUUCUGGGAGCCUUCAGGGUUCGCUGGCUGUUUUUGUUUUUGUUUUUAUUUCGUUUUUACCAAUCUCGUUACACGCCUCGCCUCAUCUUGCUUUUUGUUCCCAUGGACGACAAGCACGGCUUGGGAAAAGAAGAAAAAAGAAGGAAAAAAAGGACGGUUGGGGGGAUGUCCCUGCUCUGCAUACAAACUGAGAAGGUCUUC